CGCCGCGCCGCCCUGGGAGCCGCUGCUGGUCCCGGCCUUGCGGCCUGCGGGGUAGGCUGCCCGGAGGAGGCGGCGGCGGCGGCAGCGCGUCUUCGGUCCGCAGGACCACGGCUUCUUUCCUGCCAGCCCCCGGACCUGGGCAGGACUUUGUUGGCGACCUCUCGCCGGAGCGACUCUACCUUGGAAACCAGGGAUUUCCCUUCCCGUCGCCCGCCCCAUUUGAUAUAUGGGCCUGAAAUGUAUGCCAUCCCACCACCAUCGGACUGGACUGUUCAUAGCAUUGGAGAGACAGAGGUCCUUCAUUCACUCCAGGUCACAGGCUGUGCGUGUGCGUGCCGAACGAACACCCACACGCACACAGUUGGCGGCUCAGCCUGAUGUACCUGACUUCUCACACCCUCCCCCAGUCCCCCAGUACCGUACCUCUACAUGGGUUGGGCAGCCCCAAACUGAAAUGUGAGUGCCGGAGUCCAUCCCUUGAGCGAGGUCUGCCCCACGGACACCCGCUCCCUCUGUGUCCCCGCUUUGACAGAUCUAUCCAUCUGGUCUUCCAUCCGUGGGGGUCCGCAAUGGCCACCUUCAGCCGCCAGGAAUUUUUCCAACAGCUACUACAAGGCUGUCUCCUGCCUACUGCCCAGCAGGGCCUUGACCAGAUCUGGCUGCUCCUUGCCAUCUGCCUUGCCUGCCGCCUCCUCUGGAGGCUCGGGUUGCCAUCCUACCUGAAGCAUGCAAGCACCGUGGCAGGCGGGUUCUUCAGCCUCUACCACUUCUUCCAGCUGCACAUGGUUUGGGUCGUGCUGCUCAGCCUCCUGUGCUACCUCGUGCUGUUCCUCUGCCGACAUUCCUCCCAUCGAGGCGUCUUCCUCUCCGUCACCAUCCUCAUCUACCUACUCAUGGGUGAGAUGCACAUGGUAGACACCGUGACAUGGCACAAGAUGCGAGGGGCCCAGAUGAUCGUGGCCAUGAAGGCAGUGUCUCUGGGCUUUGACCUGGACCGGGGCGAGGUGGGUGCAGUGCCCUCGCCAGUGGAGUUCAUGGGCUACCUCUACUUCGUGGGCACCAUUGUCUUCGGGCCCUGGAUAUCCUUCCACAACUACCUACAGGCUGUCCAAGGCCGCCCACUGAGCCGCCAGUGGCUGCAGAAGGUGGCCCGGAGCCUGGCACUGGCCCUGCUGUGCCUUGUGCUGUCCACUUGCGUGGGCCCCUACCUCUUCCCGUACUUCAUCCCCCUCGACGGUGACCGCCUCCUUCGCAACAAGAAACGCAAAGCCAGGGGCACCAUGGUAAGGUGGCUGCGAGCCUACGAGAGUGCUGUCUCCUUCCACUUCAGCAACUAUUUUGUGGGCUUUCUGUCCGAGGCCACGGCCACGUUGGCGGGGGCUGGCUUUACCGAGGAGAAGGAUCACCUGGAAUGGGAUCUGACGGUGUCCAAGCCACUGAAUGUGGAGCUGCCUCGGUCAAUGGUGGAAGUUGUCACAAGCUGGAACCUGCCCAUGUCUUAUUGGCUAAAUAACUAUGUUUUCAAGAAUGCUCUCCGCCUGGGGACCUUCUCGGCUGUGCUGGUCACCUAUGCAGCCAGUGCCCUCUUGCAUGGCUUCAGCUUCCACCUGGCUGCGGUCCUGAUGUCCCUGGCUUUUAUCACUUACGUGGAGCAUGUCCUUCGGAAGCGCCUGGCUCGGAUCCUCAGUGCCUGUGUCUUGUCAAAGCGGUGCCCGCCAGACUGUUCACACCGGCAUCGCUUGGGCCUGGGGGUACGAGCCUUAAACUUGUUCUUUGGAGCCCUGGCCAUCUUCCACCUGGCCUACCUGGGCUCCCUGUUUGAUGUCGAUGUGGAUGACACCACAGAGGAGCAGGGCUACGGCAUGGCAUACACUCUCCACAAGUGGUCAGAGCUCAGCUGGGCCAGUCACUGGGUCACUUUUGGAUGCUGGAUCUUCUACCGUCUCAUAGGCUGAGGCACAUCUGUGGACCCUAAUAACCCUCUUAAGACCCCUCUCAGGGUGCCAAUGAUAGAAGAUGAGGGAAGGCCCUCUCUCUACUCCUUGGCCCCCUCCAUCCUUGAUUCCCAACACCUUCACACAUAAACACAGACACACACACACACACACACACACACAGUCACACUCUUUCCAUGCCUGUCAAUCCCCACCCCACCACAAGGCGGGAAGGGGGUAGUCCCUGCUGGGACCUAGGGGUGGGGGACACUUGGGGAAACUGAGAGGGGGAGAUCCAGGGCCUCCCCGCCUUCUGUCUUCCUUUUUAUAUACAGUUUGUUAUUGUCAAAUAAAAGUAGGAAAUAUA